GAUCUCGAGUACGUCAAGUUUCAACCGCCUAGAUCGACGAACGUAAAAUAAGUAGACUAAUAGCACAUCCGGGACCAUCCUGAUCCGAUCAAGGUCGGACGACGACGACGACCGUUUGUUGGACAAAGCUCCUGCAAAUUUGCAUUCGCUACUACCAGCGCACGUUCAACACAAGAAAAAUGGUACGUUUCUCCAUGCUCAGGUGUAUGCUCGCUUAUAGGGUGAUCCCUAUGUAUACACGUAUGUUGAAUGCACUACGCCCGCUCACGCUCACGACAUGUACGAAAAUAUGCAUGUGCACCCUGCGUCUAUAGGACGCCGACUAUCGAGUACCUCGUCCACUCGGGGAAACUUUUCGAAGGAUUGUCGCGCUCGUCCUCGCCAGAACGAUCCACAUCGCCCACUAUCUCGUUUGCAUCCAACUCGUCGGACGACUCUGAUACUGAGAACUUCGGCUUUGAUGGUGAUAAUCAAGGAGGGAAUGCUUGGGUCGGGAAGCGUCGUAGUGGACAGAUGGACGGUGUGCCACGCGAAUCGAUCGGGAUGGCUCCUGGGAGGACGGGUGUGAAGGGUGUAAUCAGGGACGAACGGGAGGCACAGCAGAUCAAAGCUGCGCAACGCCAGCGGGAGAUAGAUGCUCUGCGAAGACGGAUGGAAAAGGCUAACUUGGGUGGGAUGACUUAUUUGGAGGAGGAGCGGGAGCGUCGUGAGUUGGAAGGGCUGGAGGAGGAAGAGAAGAAGGUGAGGCGGGAUGUGUUAGGGCGUGCCAAGGAUGGGCGGUUUGGACAUUUGAGGGAGGUGGGCAAGGCGGGGUUCGUUGGGGCCGUUGAAAGAGAGGACAGUGGUGUUUGGGUCGUCGUGCAUUUGUAUGACCCUUCACUGGACAGGUGUUAUGACCUCGACGAUACGUUGGCGAGGCUGGCACGGAUGUAUCCUCAGACCAAGUUCUUACGUGCCCGCGCUGCUGCUCUCGGGUUUGCAUCUAAAGGACUGGCGCCGAGGUCUCAUAAGUCAUAUUCGAGGCAACAGGCGAUGCCCGGUCGAUAUGUUGAUAACGAUGAAGACGAAGUUUUUGGUAACGAUGAGGAUACAGAUGAAAAGACACCUUACUAUGAUGAUGAAGAGGAGAACGAGGAAGUAGAAGUGGACACGGACAUGCUACCUACUCUACUUGUCUAUCGGGACGGUCAACUCGUGCAUAACUGGGUACGGGUUGAUUGGGAGGCUGGAAAGGCGGGCGUGGACGAUCUGCUUGCACGGUAGGUUCCUAAGGAUCUGGUUGUCUGGCGUGUCUCUGACUACAUACACAUGAAUCGCAGACACCAUGUUAUAUCUAGUUCGUCGCGCGGUCUGCCUGCGCUGUGGAGUGCUGGAAAUGUAGAAGACGAUGAAGAUUUGAUCUGGAGCGACGAAGAGAACAGUGCUCCAAGGUAAUGGUCAGAUUUUCACUUCCCCGUGUGUAUACGUAUUAGUCUCGUACAUUACUGGCACCGCUUGUCAGAAGAUC